UCAGUUAGCAUCGAGCCUCGGUGGGCAUCGGAAUCCAAAUCGUGAUCACUCGUCUAGUUCACCUUUAGUGAUUGUAGUUCGUUGAGCGGUGAUUUGUGCGCGGGUGCGCGUUUUCAGUAUUAUUUGUUUUAUGAUCGAAGAAGAAGACUUAGUGCGAGACAGUCAGUGCAACAUAGUUGUAUAAACAACAAAAAAGUGAUAUUAAAUAACCCGGAGAAGAGUUGCGGUGUUCAACAAUCACACCCAACAUGAAUCGAUUCAACCCACGGGCAGCCUUUGGGCUGCUACUGGCAACCAUCGCAGUGUUGCCGCAGGCCUUCGGUGGUUCACCGUUCAUGCAUUCCCGCCAUGGAUCCAUCAGCCGUUCGGCAAGCACCAACAUCACCACUCAAGCCCCACUUCUGGCCAAUCCCUAUCUCGCCCCGGGAGGAGUGGCCGCAUUGGGUACCAAACAGCAGCAGCAGGAGGACUUCACCACCAGCCAAGGCAAGAACGUGUUCGAUGUGAUCUACCAGUGGAAGACCAUCGACUUUCUGUAUCCAAGCCUGCAGGCCCGGAACGACGCCAUUCGGACGAAACAAUUCAUCCCGGAGAACAACCUCCCGUUGGGCGUUGAUCGCUACCGCAAUCGUAUCUUCAUUACCACGCCUCGUUGGAACCCAGGUGUACCGGCAACCCUGUCCUAUCUCCCACUGCCUGUGCAUGAUCCGAAUCUCCCUUUGAUCCCGUACCCGGACUGGAGCUUCCACACCACCCCUCAAAAUCCAGACUGCAGUCGGCUCGUAUCCGUGUAUCGUAUCUACGUGGACGAAUGCGAUCGCCUGUGGGUGCUGGACGCCGGUGUUAUCGACACGCUAACCAACCUCCAACAGGUGUGCCCUCCGAAGAUCCUCGCCUUCAAUCUUCAAACGGACGAACUUCUGUUCAGCUACACCCUUCCGGAGGAACAAGUCAAGCAGGACUCGUUGCACACCAACAUCGUGGUCGACAUUCGAGAUGCUCAAUGUGACGAUGCCUACGCGUACGUAGCCGAUGUGUGGCGCUACGGAAUUACUGUGUUCAGCCUACGUGACUUCAAGAGCUGGCGCACCACCAACUACCUGUACAAUCCGAAUCCUGUAGCCAGCGACUACAACUACAAGGAUCUAAACUUCCAGUGGUCCGACGGAGUUUUCGGAAUGUCACUCUCUCCGGUUCAUCGCAACGGCGAUCGUAUGCUAUUCUACCACCCGAUGUCCAGCUUCACGGAAUUCCAAGUGCCAACCUCGGUCCUGCAGAACGAAACCAUCUGGCAAAACUUUGGCCUGGCGAAGGCCUUCCAACCGAUCGGAAGCCGCGGCAAGGCCGGCCAAUCGUCGACCUCCGGUGUCACUCGCAACAAUGUGCAGUUCUUCACCCUGGUCCAGCAGAGUGGAGUCGGCUGUUGGGAUCUCGCCAAACCGUACAACCGCAACAAUCUGGGCGUCGUCGAGAAGGACAUGCAAAAGCUGACCUUCCCCAACGAUCUGAAGAUCGAUCGUGAACCGAAGCAAUCGAUUUGGGUCAUCAGCAAUAAGUUGCCGGUGUUCCUGUACUCGCGGCUGGACUACACCGAGGUCAACUUCCGGGUGCUGAGUGCGGGCGUCCAGGAAGCGACACAGCGGACGGUGUGUGAUCCGAGGUCACCGCCGAAUUUGGCCUACCGCAAGGAGCCAGAGUGUGACGAGUAGAGAAUGAACGAGGAGGGUUGAGUUUCUAUUGUAAGUUUUCUGAUUCCAGUGGAGCGUGCCAGCCGUUUUAGAUUAAGUUUCGAUUUAGCCAUAGUGAUAUUGAUGUAGCCGAUCCGUGUUCGACCAGUGAAAAUAAAUGGUAAA